AUGACGCUUUUUCACUUCUUCAACUGUGCGAUUCUCACAUUUGGUCCACACGCCGUCUACUACUCCGCUACUCCAUUAUCUGAGUAUGAUACACUUGGAACCUCCGUGAAAGCUGCUGUUGUUUAUCUUGCUACAGCUUUGGUUAAGCUUGUUUGUUUGGCAACUUUUCUGCAAGUAUCUGAGACUGAAGUAUUUGACCCAUACCAGGAAGCACUGAAAGCAAUGAUUGGCUUCAUAGAUGUUGCUGGUCUCUAUUUUGCUCUGGCUCAGCUGACACACAGGAACAUCUCCCAAAAUCAUAAGUUUCAAGCUGUUGGCCUUGGAUGGGCAUUCGCAGAUUCUGUGUUGCACAGGUUGGCUCCUCUUUGGGUUGGUGCUAGAGGACUGGAGUUCACAUGGGAUUAUGUCCUGCAAGGGCUUGAAGCCAAUGCAAAUCUGGUGUUUACGAUAUCUUUAGCUGCGCUAGGUUCGUUGAUGUGGCUACGCAAGAACAAGCCAAAGUCUCUGAUCCCAAUCAUAUACACGUGCGCAAUGAUCAUCGCGACAAUGCCUUCGAUCAUAAGCUAUCUAAGGAGAGUGAUGGGAUGGCAUUUCCCUAAAGUAGUCGGGUUUGAGCUGGUGACUUCUCUGGUGAUGGCUGUCAUCAGUUGUCAACUCUUCGUCCUCUGUCAGAGACCGUCUUCUUGA